UUUCCCGGCAGCCCAACCUCGCCUUGCGCCCCCCGCCCCCACUCUGUGCGCAGACGCAGACCAGCCGUACGCAUUCUACGUAACGGACGGCUGAAGCUACGUGAAGUGUACGGUGCCGUGACUGAGCUACCUGUUCUGGGCUGUGACCCAGUGACAAUCGCGGCCCAUAGAAGUCUUUACGACCCGAAGGCGGAGGCCAGACGCAAGCAGGCUGGGUGGAGGUGGUAGCCUCAGAAGCCCCUGGCCGGGUUGCAGCCUCGGGUGCAGCGUAUUUUUAAGACGCAAUGAAAGCCUUCUACGCUUUCUGUGCUGUCCUUUUGGUGUUUGGGAGUGUCUCUGAAGCCAAGUUUGAUGAUUUCGAGGAUGAGGAAGACAUAGUAGAGUAUGAUGAUAAUGAUUUCGCUGAGUUUGAGGAUGUCAUGGAAGACUCUGUUACGGAAUCUCCUCAGCGAGUGAUAACUACUGAAGAUGAUGAAGAUGAGACCACUGUGGAAUUGGAAGGGCAGGAUGAAAACCAAGAAGGAGAUUUUGAAGAUGCAGAUACCCAAGAGGGAGAUACUGAAAGUGAACCAUAUGAUGAUGAAGAAUUUGAGGGUUAUGAAGACAAACCAGAUACCUCUUCUAGCAAAAAUAAAGAUCCAAUAACAAUCGUUGAUGUCCCUGCACACCUCCAGAACAGCUGGGAGAGUUAUUAUCUAGAGAUCCUGAUGGUGACUGGUCUGCUUGCCUAUAUCAUGAACUACAUCAUUGGGAAGAAUAAGAACAGCCGGCUUGCUCAGGCCUGGUUUAACUCUCAUAGAGAGCUUUUGGAGAGCAAUUUUACCUUAGUGGGGGAUGAUGGGACUAACAAAGAAGCCACAAGCACGGGAAAGUUGAAUCAGGAGAAUGAGCACAUUUAUAACCUGUGGUGUUCUGGUCGAGUGUGCUGUGAAGGCAUGCUUAUCCAGCUGAGGUUCCUUAAGAGACAAGACUUACUUAAUGUCCUGGCCCGGAUGAUGAGGCCAGUGAGUGAUCAAGUGCAAAUAAAAGUAACCAUGAAUGAUGAAGACAUGGAUACAUAUGUGUUUGCUGUUGGCACUCGCAAAGCUUUGGUGCGACUGCAGAAAGAGAUGCAGGAUCUGAGCGAGUUCUGUAGUGAUAAACCUAAGUCUGGAGCAAAGUAUGGACUGCCAGACUCGUUGGCCAUCCUGUCAGAAAUGGGAGAAGUCACAGAGGGCAUGAUGGACACAAAGAUGGUUCACUUUCUUACGCAUUAUGCUGACAAGAUUGAAUCCGUUCAUUUUUCAGACCAGUUCUCUGGUCCAAAGAUUAUGCAAGAGGAGGGUCAGCCUUUAAAGCUGCCUGACACUAAGAGGACACUACUGUUUACAUUUAAUGUGCCUGGCUCAGGUAACACGUACCCAAAGGAUAUGGAGGCUUUGCUACCCCUGAUGAACAUGGUGAUUUAUUCUAUUGACAAAGCCAAAAAGUUUCGACUCAACAGAGAAGGUAAACAAAAAGCAGAUAAGAACCGGGCCCGCGUGGAAGAGAACUUCUUGAAACUGACCCACGUGCAGAGACAGGAGGCUGCACAGUCGCGGCGUGAGGAGAAGAAAAGAGCGGAGAAGGAGCGGAUCAUGAAUGAGGAAGACCCUGAGAAGCAGCGCAGGCUGGAGGAAGCUGCUUUGAGGAGAGAACAAAAGAAGUUGGAGAAGAAGCAGAUGAAAAUGAAGCAAAUCAAAGUGAAAGCCAUGUAAAGUCAUCCCAGAGGUCCGCGAGUCCGUCUCUCCCCUAAAGUCAACAUAUUCUGGUGACUGAGAAGUCCUUAGUCCACCCUUCCCUCCCUUUCUCUCCCCUCUCCUCUCGGUUUGGAGUUCUACGGUGGUUACAGAUACAGUGAAAGGGCUCUUUCAGUUAUUUCCUUCCAGAUAAUCAAAUUAGUUUAUUUUAUAAAAGAAUGGUAUAUAAAGUACAUGUAGUUUUAAAAUAUUUUUAAAUUAUAACAUGAAUUAUCAGUGGUUUACUUUGGUGUUUGAAGAACAAUCAUGGAAUUUAUGGAAAGAAAUUUUUUUUUUAAACUGGGCAAUUGGAAUAACUGUGGAGACUGACUCUAAACCAAGAUCCCAAGAAUUUCUAUUGGAGUUGCACAAUAAAAAUUGCUUGGUGUUUU